UGGAUAACCCUUUGCAUGUGGUAAAAUUUCAUCAGCCAGCAGGCUGACGUCACAGUUCAAGAUGCUGACCUGAUGGAUAAUCUGUAAACAUUUCGUCAGCCAACUGACCGGUAUCAAAUCGAUUAAUUAGCAGGCUUUCUGUUAUAAUUAAGACUGCUACACUGUUGACCUAUGGAUAACCCUUUGCAUGUGAUAAAAUUUUAUCAGACGGACCAGAAUUGCAUAUCGUUUAAUUAGCAGACACUAGGAGUAAUUAAGAGUACUAGCUCGUUGACCUGUGGAUAACCCUUUGCAUGGGGUAAAAUUUCAUCAGCCAGCAAGCUGAUGUCACAAUUCAAGCUGUUGACCUGAUGGAUAAUCUGUAAACAUUUCGUUUGCCAACUGGUUGGUAUCACAUCGAUUAAUUAGCAUGAUUUCUGUUAUAAUUAAGACUGCUAGAUUGUUGACCUAUGGAUAACCCUCUGCACGGGGCACAAAUUUCAUCAGCCUGCAGGCGGAUGUCACAUUUCAGCACGUUGACCUGAUGGAUAACCUUUUAGUUUUGUAGAAGCUGCAAAGCAUUAAAUCUUCUAACCUUCUGGAUAACCUUUUAAGUCAAAAAAGUGGAACUUUAGAGAUAUCCUGGUGGAGUGUGUAUAUAAGCUCAUUCACAGAUCAGAGAAGUUAGAGUUCUACAAGUCAAUAGCUGUGUUAUUGAUCUUGCUGCAAAGACCUACCAAAAUGAAUCCUUCAUUGCAGAACCUUAAUGCUCUUGGCAGUGGGGCUAGCAUACAGAAGGCAACAACAAGGUUGUCAACAUUACCUAUAAAUGAGAAGUUCAUAAUACUACGAGCAAAAAGGGUUACUACACCCUUUGGACCAGCGGUGCUUGUGGAAUUAGAAAGCACAAAAAUCUUUCUUCCUACUCGGUUUUCUAAGAUGAGCGAUGAAGAUUUGGAGUACCUCAACAGUGGAAAAGUUCAUUUAACAUAUACUGGAAGAGUUGAGGAAAAUAAUAUGGACACAGUUAGUUUUUGUGUAGACUAAGAAGAGUGUUUAUAGUGUGUUUUAUAGUGUGUUUUGUAGAGUGUUUUAUAGUGUGACUAAUUACUUUGCGUUUAGAAAGAAGAAAAAUGUCUUUAGAAUUUAAUAAAAUAUGUGGACAUGGGAAUGUGAAGGUUGUAGAUGUUAACACUUUUGUGGAUGAUGGGUGUGAUAGAAAACUUAAAGAUGAGGAUACACUCAACUUCAGAUUUAGAUUACACAGUGUCAGUAACAAUUUCUUAGAAUAUAAAAGGCUUCUGGAAGAAGUAAUUUUGAAAGAAAUAAAUGACAAGUUCUGUAAAGGUGAGCAUUACUUAGCUUAUCUGAGAUACAGCAAACUCCAGUGUACUUAUGAGACUGAACUUUUCGUAUUCAAUCCAAAAGAACUUGGAGUACACUACUUCAAAGAAUUGUUAUAUAUAUUACAGACAUCUUCGAUAUCAGAUUCUGUGUUCUGUAGAUAUGACCAAUGUGAAGCAGAGUAUCAUUUGAAAACGGAUUUCUCAAACAGAGAAAUCAAGUGUGUAUAUUCAAAUUGUAAGCAUUUAUUUCUCGGUACAGAUAGACUGUACAAACUGUGGGGACAUGGCUACUAGUGCUCUACCGCAAAAGCGAAGAAGUGAGGAAGCAGAUGUAGAAUUAGAAUGGACUGAUAGACAAUCAGCAUUCCGAAAACGUAUUUGUACUGGUGAAAUAUAUAAUCACAACAUUCAAGACCCUCGACUUUUUUUGGAAAGGUGUUUUCCAUUGUUUAAAACAAAUGUUGAAACAAAACAUCAGGCUUUGAAAAUCAAUUGUUCUCUUUUGUGCAUAUUCCUCUCACCAAUAUCUGCUGAGGAAAAGGAAAUUUAUAUUUCAUCUAAAAAUAAAGAGUUUUUUAUUUCUGACGAUAUAUAUGCAUGGUACACAGAACAUGUUGUGGAGGCAAUCAUGAAAAAAUUUGAUUCAUUUCAAGAGAGAGAUUCAGGUUUAGCAUUAAAGGAAAUUGUAAAGCUUUGUGUAAAUCUUAAUGUAAAUAAAGGCUUUCGAGUUGGGAGGAAUCAUGAAUUGCCUGAUGUAAUUAGAGACAAGAGAGCGGUAGUUAGCAUACAUAGUAGUGAUAAUGAAUGUUUUAAAUGGGCAGUGUUAUGUGCUUUGUAUCCAGUGAAACAGAAUAAGUAUAAGUUGUCUAAUUAUAAAAAAUUUGAAAAUGAACUUAAUUUUACUGGAAUUCCAUUUCCAAUGGAGUUUAAAUAUCUUACUCAAUUCGAGAGGCAGAAUCCUGGUAUAUCAGUUAAUGUCUAUGGAAUUCAGUAUGAUAAUGGUGAUUGGAUGGUUGCAAGGAAAAAUAUUACUCAAAAUAAAGAGUUUAAUUUUGUACCUAUACAUAUAAGCAAACAAAGAUAUAAUAGGCAUGCAAAUUUAUUAGUACUUCAAACUGCUUUUUCUAAUAUUUAUCACUUCUACUGCAUAACCAAUCUAUCUCGUUUGAUGAGAUCUUCACUAACAAGCCAUAAACAAUCGAUUCACUUCUGUGAAAGAUGUUUGUGUUACUUUUAUACAGAGGAUAAACUGAAGGUGCAUUUGGCAGAUUGUAUUAAAUUUCAGGCUGUGAGAACAGUAAUGCCAAGUAAAGAAACUAAAACUAUACAAUUUCAAAACUACUGCAAUAAGGAAAAGGUACCAUUUGUUAUUUAUGGUGAUAUUGAAUGUAUGUUACAACCUCUCACAACAUGUUCUCAAAGUAGUGAGAGAUCUCAUUCAGAACCUGUACAUGUUCAUGUUCCAUACAGUGUUGCAAUGUAUGUACAUUGUACUCAUGAUGAAAAAUAUUCCAAUUUUUACUUGUAUAGGUGGUUAGAUUGUAUGAAGUGGUUUACUGAUAAUCUAAAUGCAAUUUCGGAUAAUAUAUUACAGUACUUUAAGAAUAAAAAGCAAUUACAGAUGAAUGAUCAGGACAAAGAAUUCUUUGAAAACGCUAAAACAUGCCAUAUAUGUAAAAAACACUUCCUACCAACUGAUGUAAGAGUCAAGGAUCAUUGUCACUUUACUGGAAAAUUUCGUGGAGCAGCACAUCAAUCUUGUAAUUUAAAUUAUAAGCCUAGUGUGAUAGUACCAGUAAUAUUCCAUAACUUAACUAACUACGAUGCUCACUUUCUUAUAAAAGAUUUAUGUGAAUGCAAGGUAUCUGAUGAGGAGAAGGAAAUUUCAAAAAAGAAUGAAAGCCGUGUCACCUUAAUACCUACAAAUACUGAAAAAUACAAGUCAUUUACAAAAUAUGUGAAAAAAGUAAUAGGUGAUAGAUCAUUUGGCUUCAUUAAAUACCGAUUUAUAGACUCUCUAAAUUUUUUAGCUUGUUCAUUAGAAAAAUGUGUCUCAUAUAUGGAUAAAUGCUCUUUACAAUUAACAAGAAAAUACUUUAAUGAUGAAGAUCAGUUCAGUUUAGUAUGUCAGAAAGGUAUCUUCCCAUAUGAGUAUAUCACUGAUGAAAUGAAAUUGCAAGAAACAAAACUACCACAGAGAGAACAUUUCCAAAGUCUUCUAACAGGCGAAACUGUAUCACACUUAGAGUAUAAACGUGCAUUAGAUGUAUGGACUCUUUUUAAAUGUAAAACUAUUGGAGAUUAUUCAGAUAUAUACUUAAAAUCUGAUGUUCUAUUGCUAGCUGAUGUAUUUGAAAAUUUCAGAAAAUUAUGUCUUGAUACAUAUAAAUUAGAUCCUGCUCAUUAUGUAACAUCACCAGGUUUAGCUUGGGAUGCUCUUCUUAAAUCUACUAAUGUAAUAUUGGAGUUAAUUACAGAUGUAACCCAAUUACAAUUUGUUGAAAGAGGAAUCAGAGGAGGUAUUGUUCAUUGCUCACACAGACAUGCUGUAGCUAAUAACAAGUAUAUGAAGAGUUAUGAUUCUUCUAAGGAAGAAUCAUUCAUUGGAUAUUUUGAUGUAAAUAAUCUGUAUGGGUGGGCAAUGAUGCAAUACUUACCUGUUGGUAAUUUUAAGUGGUUAACAUCAGAUGAGGUACAAACAUUCAAUGUAAUGAAUGUAUUGGAUGAAGCUGAUGUUGGAUACAUAUUAGAAGUUGAUCUGAAGUAUCCCAAAAAAUGUCAUGAUCAACAUCAAGAUUUUCCUUUGUGCCCUGAGAAAAUGAAAUCUCCUAAGAGUAAUAGUAAAGCCCCACCUAGAUUAAUGUGUACACUUUAUGAUAAAACGAAAUAUGUUUUACAUUACAGAAAUCUUAAACAAAGCCUCUCUUUAGGUCUUGAAUUAGAAAAGAUUCACAGAAUUCUAUCAUUUUCUCAGAAGGCAUGGAUGAAACCAUAUAUUGAAAUCAACACAAGAAAAAGGAUUCAAGCUAAAAACGAUUUUGAAAAAAACUUUUUUAAGUUAAUGAAUAAUAGUACCUUUGGUAAGACUAUGCAAAAUGUAAGAAAAAUGCGAGAUGUUCGAUUGGUAACAUCAUGGAAUGGUAGGUAUGGUGCAGCAGCAUAUAUUGCCCAACCAAAUUUUAAGAAGAGGGUUAUUUUCGAUGAAUCUUUAGUUGCUAUAGAAAUGGCAAAAACAUCAGUAGUAUUUGAUAAACCGAUUGCGGUAGGAAUGACAAUCCUUGACAUUUCUAAAACAAGUAUGUUUAACUUCCAUUAUAAUUAUAUGUUGAAAAAGUAUCCUCUACAAAAAGUGAAAAUGUGUUAUACUGAUACUGACAGCUUUGUAUAUCUUAUAUCUACAAGUGAUUUGUAUAGUGAUAUCAGACCCGACAUUAAUUGUAUGUUUGAUACCUCAGGAUAUCCAUCUGAAAAUAGAUAUAGUAUUCCAAUAUGUAACAAACGUGUAAUUGGUUUAAUGAAAGAUGAAUUUAAUGGAGAGAUUGUAACUGAAUUUAUUGGUCUAAGAGCAAAAAUGUAUGUAAUAGAUACUGAUUCUCAUUCUACUAUAAAGAAGGCGAAAGGUGUGAAACGUGCAUCUCUGAAGCAAAUAAGUAUUGAUGACUAUCGUAGUUGCAUAUUGGAUAAUGUACCAAAAAUGACUACACAAUACACUAUUCAAUCUAAUUCUCAUAUAGUACACACUAUAAAGCAAAGAAAAUUAGCAUUAACAUAUGAUGAUGAUAAAAGGUAUGUGGAAAAAAAUGGUGUAUAUACAUUACCAUGGGGACAUUAUAGGAUAGAAAAACUUUCGGAUGUAUAGCACAAUAUGUCAUUAUCAAAACUUGUGAUAUGUA